UGAGUUUUUUUUACUUUUUUUUUUAGCAGCUCCCUCUCUGUCCCGCUCCUUGCUUUGCAGCAGGAGUCAGAACUAAUCAAAGGCACUUGCCUGUAGAGCGCUAUUGGCCUCAGAAGAGUUGGAGCCGGUUUUGGCCAGCCCGCUCUCCCUCUGUUUGGGAAAGUGGAAAUUCCUGAAGGCAUUUGACUUCAAGUUUCGUGCGGGGAUCUAAACAUGAAUGCAGAGGCUUUGGUGAACUCCGUCUUAGUUUCUUUACUUCUGAUUUUGCUCUCAGCUGCUGAGGAAAGUUUGCUGCAGUCACUGAGGCAGGUGGGUGGAGUAUGCAAGCUCUCCACCGAGUCCUCGCAGAGACGCUGCCAGACCUCUGACGGCCUGAUCUGCAGUGGGAGGGGAGAGUGUGAAUGCGGGGUUUGCAUAUGCCAAGUCACUGACCCUGGGAAGUACUACGGGCCGCGGUGCGAAUGCCACGACUGGGUCUGCACAACAUAUGACGGGAAGACCUGUGGAGGUCAUGGCGUGUGUGACUGUGGUAAGUGCGAGUGUGAUAAGGGCUGGUUUGGAGAGGCCUGUCAGUACCAGCAGAACUGCAAGCUCUCCAGCCGAAAGAGCAAGGACCUGUGCCGCAACGCUCAGGGAGUGGUGUGCUCCAACGCAGGAACGUGUCACUGUGGCAGCUGCAUGUGCCACAACCCCGACGGCAAAGGCCUCAUCAGUGGGCGCCACUGCGAGUGUGACGACAGCCAGUGCCUGGACGAGGACUCGGGAGAGGUGUGUGGAGGCCAUGGAAAGUGUUACUGUGGAAACUGUUACUGCUCGGCCGGUUGGCAUGGAGAUAAAUGUGAAUUCCAGUGUGACAUCAGCCCAUGGGAAAGCAAGCGGAGAUGCACAUCUCCAGACGGCAAAAUCUGCAGCAACAGAGGGACAUGUGUAUGUGGAGAAUGUACAUGCUAUGACGUGGACCCAUCAGGAGACUGGGGGGACAUCCAUGGAGACAGCUGCGAGUGUGACGAGAGGAGCUGCCACUCAACAUAUGACAGAUAUUCAGAUGAUUUCUGCUCUGGUCACGGUCAGUGUAACUGUGGGAGGUGUGACUGUAAAGAGGGCUGGACGGGUAAGAAAUGUGAGCAUCCUGUCUCCUGCCCGCUCUCUGCGGACGCCAGCCUGAGGAAGUGCAGGGGCAGCUCCAACCUGCCCUGCUUUGGAAGAGGUCAGUGCUUGUGUGGCCAGUGCACAUGCCAUCCACCAGGAGACAGCCGUGUUCACGGCAAGAACUGUGAGUGUGAUGAGCGGCAGUGUGAAGAUGUGCACGGAGGCAUCUGUGGUGACCACGGCUUUUGCUCCUGCGGCCGCUGCAUCUGCGGUGAUGGAUGGUUUGGGAAGCACUGCCAGUUCCCCCGCAGCUGCAACAUGACUGACGAUCAGGGCAAGAGCCAGUGUGAGACAGCCAAUGGCGGCAUGUGCUCCGGAAAAGGCUCUUGUCACUGCGGGAGGUGCAUCUGUUCACCGCAGGAGUGGUACAUUUCAGGCGAUUUCUGCGAAUGUGACGACCGGGAGUGCGACCAGCAUGAUGGCUUGAUCUGUACAGGGAACGGCGUUUGUAACUGUGGGACCUGCGAGUGCUGGGACGGCUGGACAGGAAACGCCUGUGAAAUCUGGGAGGGAGAGGAGUAUUAGCGUGGACUGACACUUUCUAAAGACGAUUUUAUAAGAUUUUAUCAUGACAGAAAAAGGGGCUGCUGCUCAAAUUCAUGGGGAUGGGGAUGUGAAUGUUACGACCAAAGAGAAGCACUCUGAACCUGGAACAUAUAUUUCUGGAACAUGUUUCACUUAUAUAUAUAUAUAUUUCACAGUAUAUAACAGAAUUCAUUGUACCGGUUACAAAUUUUCUUUAUUAAAACCAUAUUUUUUCCCCCCUUUUUUGUAUGCGGGACACGCUGGUUUGUAGACACAAUAUCUUGUAAUCCUUUAUUUAUAUAUAUAUAUAUAUAUAUAUAUAUAUAUAUAUAUAUAUGUUCUCUAAUACAGCUAUAUUAAACAGUAUGUAUGAAAAAUAAA